AUGACUUGUUGCUCUCAUCUUUUCAGAAAAAUAAAGUCUUCACGAUUCGCCGGAAUCGAUAUAGAUAUUUCAGAACUUCACAAUGUCAAAAUUUACACUUACAAGGAACUCCGAAUUGCCACCGCAGGGUUUAGUCUUGCUAACAAGAUAGGGCAGGGAGGUUUUGGAAAUGUUUAUAAGGGAAAGUUGAGAGAUGGUUGUACGGUAGCUAUAAAGGUUUUAUCAGCUGAAUCAAAACAAGGGGUCCAAGAGUUCUUGACAGAAAUCAAGGUGAUUUCUAGUAUAGAACAUGAAAAUCUAGUGAAGUUAUAUGGAUGCUGUGUGGAAGACAAUCAUAGGAUUUUGGUAUAUGGCUAUCUUGAGAACAACAGCCUAGCACAAACACUUCUUGGUCAUAGUAACAUAAAAUUUAGUUGGGAUGUCAGGCGCAACAUUUGCGUAGGUGUUGCUCGAGGGCUUGCGUUCCUUCAUGGAGAGGUUCGGCCACAUAUCAUUCAUAGAGAUAUAAAAGCCAGCAAUGUAUUACUUGACACAAAUCUCCGUCCCAAAAUUUCUGAUUUUGGCCUUGCAAAGCUCAUUUCUCCAAACCUGACCCAUAUUAGUACAAGGGUUGCUGGAACUGCUGGUUAUGUGGCACCUGAGUAUGCAAUUCGAAAUCAAGUGACAAGAAAAUCAGACAUCUAUAGUUUUGGAGUGUUACUGCUAGAAAUUGUUAGUGGGAGACCAAACACAAAUAGACGCUUACCGGUUAAAGAACAAUAUCUUCUUACAAGGGCAUGGGAUUUGUAUGAGAAAGGGGAGCUAAAAACUUUGGUUGAUUCUUUUCUAGAAGAGGACUUCAGUGUUGAGGAGGCAGUCAAAUUUUGCAAGAUUGGUCUUGUUUGCACCCAGGAUUCUCCUCAGUUCCGGCCUUCUAUGUCCACUGUGCUUAAAAUGCUUAUUGGUGAAAAAGAUGUGAAUGAGGAUAAUAUAAUAAAACCAGGCAUAAUAUUUGAAUUUGUAGAUGCCAAUGGCCAAGAGGAUAAAAGAUGCAAGGCUGAACUGAAAAGCACAUGUACUUCUUUGUUGCCUAAUUCAGGGAAGCAACAUGAUUCAUCUUCAUCAGGAACCUCUUUUGCUACCAUGUCUUUCACUGCUAUUUCUGAUCGAACCAAUUAA